AUGGAAAUCGUGGUAGUAAAACUCGGCGGUGCUGCCAUUACAGACAAGUCGAUUGCCGACACCCUGGCCCCGAACAUUCGUGGCCUGGUGGACAAGGUUGCCCAAGUCUAUCGAGAUGAAUUCCGACGGUUGAGAAGACACAUGAUUCUGAUUCAUGGGGCUGGAAGCUUUGGACACCCUCCGGCAAAGAAGUACAAUGUCAAAGCUGGCUGGUUGAGUGCAACAGCAACAACCCCCGACGGGCCGGAGGGCCAUCCACGACAAGAGGAGCAACGGCGUGACAGAGUCAAAUUCGGCAUGGCAUUGACAAGACAGCGAGUGCUGCAACUGCAUCAUCAAAUGCUGCAACUGUUGCAGGACUGGGGCGGACUGCCCGUGCUGUCAGUGUCCACGUAUGACACGGUCGAGACAGACCGGGGCGUUUUGACGCAGGCAGCAAGCACUCGAUUGAUAAGCCGGGUGCAGAAUUUGCUGACCCAAGGGUUUGUUCCCUUGCUGUUUGGCGACGCCGUCCUGGAUCAGGCGUGGGGAGCCACUAUACUGUCGGGUGAUGCUCUCAUGCAUUCGUUGGCAUCGCAUCUGCCAGGUGUGCACCGAUGCGUGUUUGUCACGGAUGUUGCUGGAAUUUUUACAAAAGACCCGAAACAGUAUGCGGAUGCCGUCCUCAUACGACAACUGCAUUUCGGUGAGUCGGGGGAUCGUGCCACGUACGAAGACGACGCUGCCUCUGUGGUGGACGAUGUCACGGGGGCUAUGCGUACGAAGUGGCAAUGGGCAAAACGCAUCAUGACGGAUGCACAUCAGGUGAAUCGGGUCAUUAUUUGCCAGACCUCCGUUUCAGAUAAGGCUAUAGGUCUAUUUGACGAAUGCUGCGGCAAUGACCUCGAUGGCGAUGAUUGUUCUGAUGCUUGGACCACGGUUUCUCGAUGA